GGUGUGCGUCUUCGUAGGAGCGUGUCUUAACGACGGACCCUCUGCAAUACUGAAGCGCAGAGACCUAAAUCACGUUUAAGGUACGUGUUGCCGGAGCUGGAAGCCGGUUGAAUCGCGUCUCCAUGUCUCAGAUACAUUUUUGAGCUGUUGAAUUAACAAUGUAUUCAGCCGAGAAUUUCAGAGAGUUGGUUAUCGAGCGACUAAAUACAGCUCCUGAAGAAAUAGUCGAACUCUUUGAAAGAACUGUCGCCCAGUACGAGGAAGAGAUCGAUCGUCAGCGCAGACUGCUGGAUAUCACCAGGAAACCCGAGAUAAAGUUACACAGAACAGAUGUUUUUGCGCGCCCAGACACAGCUGUGAAUUUGAGAGAGUUGAUCAUCAAGCGACUAAUUGCCGCUCCUGAAGAAAUAUUCAGACUUUAUGAAAGAACUGUCGUCCAGUACAAAGAAGAGAUCGAUCGUCAGCGCAGACUGCUGGAUAUCACCUGGAAACCUGAGAUUAAGUUGCACAGAAUAGACCUUCCACAGCACCAUGUCUGCACAAAAGAGGAGAUUCUCAACAAGGAUAUGAACACCAGUUUGGACCAGGGGGACCCCCCACAAAUUAAAGAGGAACAGGAGGAACCAGCCCCUCCACAGACUGAAGAGGAACAGGAGGAACCAGAACCUCCACAGAUGAAAGAGGAACUCUGCAGCAGUCAGAAGGGAGAACAUCUUGUUCUGAACCUGGAGACUCAGUCCUUUAUGGAGAAUUCUACUGAGUCGCAAAGUGACCAGCUCCUCUCUUACAACUCUUCUGUAGCUAAGAGCCCAGAUCAGGAUGGAAACAAGCAAGUAGAUGCAAGAUCAAGUAAAAAUGCAGAACUGAAUCCAAAGAAGAGACGUCGAAGAGACACAGGUCACAGGAGCAAUAUAGACAAGUCUUCCAUGUCAGAGAGUCGGUGUGAUACUGACACAGGUAGAAAGUCUUUAACAUGUAACGUCUGUGGAAAAGGCUUCAGGUUUAAGUGCCAUAUGAAGACACAUUACAGAAUCCACACAGGUGAGAGGCCGUAUUCUUGUGAAACAUGUGGUAAAACCUACAUGCAACAAAAUCAAUUAAACGCCCACAUGGGGACUCACACAGGUGAGAGGCCAUAUCCUUGUGAAAUGUGUGAUAAAACCUUCAAAACAAUACAUGCGUUAACUGUGCACAAGAGGACUCAUACAGAUGACAGGCCAUAUCUUUGUGAAAUGUGUGAUAAAACAUUCAAAACAAUAUAUGUGUUAACUGCACACAAGAGGACUCAUACAGAUGACAGGCCAUAUCCUUGUGAAACAUGUGGUAAAACAUUCAAAGCACAAUUUUACUUAAAGCUCCACAUGAGGGUUCACACAGACGAGAAACCAUAUUCUUGUGAAAUGUGUGGUACAACCUUCAAAAGACGAUGUUCCUUAAAUAAACACAUGGCAAUUCAUAGAGGUGAGAAGCCGUAUCCUUGUGAAAUGUGUGGGAAAGCCUUCAAAAGACGAUCUGAUUUAACUACACACAUGACGACUCAUACGGAUGAGAAGCCGUAUUCUUGUGAAAAAUGUGGCAAAACCUUCAAACGACGAUCUGAGUUAACCAUACACACAAGGACUCAUACAGGUGAGAAGCCAUAUCCUUGUGAAAUUUGUGGUAAAACCUUCGCAACAAGAUCCAACUUAACUGUGCACAUGAUGGUUCAUAUGGGUCAGAAGCCGUAUCCUUGUGAAAUGUGUGAUAAAACCUUCGAAACAGCAUCUAAAUUAACUAUACAUAGGAGGACUCAUACAGGUCAUAGGCCAUAUCCUUGUGAAUUGUGUGAUAAAACCUUCAAAGAAGGAAAUGCACUAACUGCACAUAGGAGGACUCAUCCAGGUGAUAGAUCAUAUCCUUGUGAAACAUGUGGUAAAACAUUCAAAGCACAAAUUUACUUAAAGCUCCACAUGAGGGUUCACAGAGACGAGAGGCCGUAUUCUUGUGAAACAUGUGGUAAAACCUUCAAAAGACGACCUGACUUAAAUAAACACAUGAUGACUCAUACAGGUGAGAAGCCAUAUCCCUGUGAAAUAUGUGGGAAAGCCUUCAUAACAAGAUAUGAUUUAACUGUGCACACGAGGACUCAUACAGAUGAGAAGCCGUAUUCUUGUGAAACGUGUGGGAAAGCCUUCAGGCAGCAAUGUGUAUUAAAAACCCACAUGAGGAUUCACACACAAGAGACCGUGUCCUUGUGUAACCUGUGAAAAAAACAUUUAAAACAAGGUAUGAAUUCAUUGUCCAUGUGAGGACUCACACAGGUAACAAACAACAACAAAACCACUCUUCCACAGACUGUAGUACCAUGUGUAGAAACUUGCUAUAAACUGUACCAUUGUAAUGAAAUCCUCAUUAUUUUGACGAGUUCCAGGAUGCCAUGAUCUCUCCUCUUUACUAAGGUCUGUCUCUCACACAUAAACACACAACAUCUAAUAGUUUAAAUGGGUUUAACCCGGGUAAUUGUCUGCAUAAGUUGUUUACUUGAGAGUUUAGGUCAAGUUCCUUUCUGUUUACUCCACAGAGUGAAUGAGUUAUAGACUUUCUCAGUCGGUGCAUAUUAUUUCAUGUGUACCCAUGUUUCUUUUUCAUAUUAACAUAUGUUGUAUCAAAGUAGUUGUUUGUAUGUAGUUAUGAUCUUUUCACUUGUUUUAUGUGACCUUCACAUAAACAUUAACAAAAAAGACGCAAAAAAGAAACUUCACUCAAUAAAAAAUGUUAAUUCUUUUCAAA